AUGGGUCCUGGGUGGUUCCCGCUCUGCAGAGAAGCUGGGGAGGACAUUGAUCACCUUUUUUGGGAGUGUGCGGUUGCUAGACAUGUUUGGAGCUCCCUCUUCUCUUGGUUUAGUUUGGAGGGUUCUUCGAUCUUAGAUAUUGAUAGUUUUGUCAUCUGGGCGAUGAGGAUACCUGCUAGCAAGCAGGUGACCAAUCUCUGGCGUGUUGGUGCCAUGUCUGUUUUUUGGAGUCUUUGGAAUCUUCGGAACCAGGUGGUGUUUAAGGAGGCUCCUAUUUCUGCAGUGAGGUCAAAGCUUUUAUCCUGGAGGCGUCUCGUUUCAGUUUGA